UCCAUGGAUUUUACCAGCCCUCCAUUAUCUCUCCAAGACAAUGGUUUUAGUAUGGUACCCACUGAUCCACUUGGGACACCCCUGGAAGAGAUUGAAAAACUCAAGGAAGAGCUGAGGAUGUGGAAGAUAAGACUUGAAGAUGCUGGGAAGGUAAAAGCUGACCUGUUUCACUCCAAACUAGCAGCAGAGGCAGAGUGCGGCAGAGCAGAGAAGCAGCUGGCAGAGCUGAAGGAGCAGGAGAGGCAGAGGAAGGACAGAAUCACCAGCUGUGAGCAGGAACUCUUGCUGCUAAAGCAAGAAAACUCUGAGCUGAAAAAGGAGAUGGAAAAGCUCAAAGAAGACCUGGAAGAACACAGUUCCCAGGAUAAUCCGUUGGAGGUUAAAAAGAAGGUGGCAGAAAUGCAAUUGAAGUUCACUCACCUGGAAGAGAUGAAGGAUGGUGGGGCAGAUGAGGAUAUGGACACCCACUGUGUCUUUGGGGUGGCCACAAAAACCCCCUUCAGACUCAACCAGAACCAGGCACUGCUGACUUUUGAAGAUGAGGAAGUUGCCCAGAGGCUGACAAAGAUGAGCAAGCACUGUGUGAACCUGGACAACAGAACAGCAAAUGUGACAGUGAAGCCUUUUGAACUUGACAUGGGAUUCCAGUUUGAGCUCCACGUCACUGUGUCUGGAAAGAAGAUCAACAUUUCAGACAUACCUGAGCUUCCCAUUCCUGAAGAGUGGAUGAGAGACAAACUUGAGCUGCAUUUCUACAAAACUGAGCAGGCAGAAGGAGGAGGAGAAAUAGAAGAAGUGACCUACAACAGGGGGUCUGGGACAGGUGUCAUCACAUUCCUCAAGCCUGGAGCAAGCUACAACUUUGUGGGAUGCACUAAAUACCCUUUCUGUGCAGAGGAAAGGUGGUUCAUCAUUUCUGUCUCACCACAUUUUGAUUUCCACUUGAUGAAGUUUCAGUCACACUGCAGGGUUUCCAAGAAAACCAUUCUGCUGAAAGGAGUCCCAGAGGUGGAAGAGGACGAAGAAAGUGUGCAGGACAUGAUUGAAAUUCACUUCCAAAAGCCAAGCAAUGGUGGGGGGGAGAUAGAGAAAAUCAAAUACCUCUCCAAAGGAGCAGCCUAUGUUUGCUUUGAGGAGGACACGGAGAAUGCCAGCUCAGGAACCACGGAGGACUGA